AUGAUUUCUACUCUUGCAAAUAACCUCGGACUACGUCUUGUCUACCAAAGACCCUUUGUCCAAGAGGACUCCUUCUCCAACCUCUCGGGUCUCGUUAACUCUCAGCUGUGCUUCCACAUCUGUAGGUAUCGCGCAACUAAGUUAGAAUAUUUCUCCACGCGAACAGCUCAUCGUCCUCCUCAUUUGGUAAGCUGCAUCCAUUCCCGCACAAGUGGCGCCUCCGAUAAAAAUGCAAGUUGUUCUCUUGAUUGA